CUGUGGUUGUGUGCAACUGCACCGCUUUGUUUCUGCUAAUUUAUAAAUAAAAUUUAUUGUGAAUACAAAGGACGUAUUUUGGAAUAUAAAACCUUUGGAACAAAAUCUCAACAUAAUCAGCUAUGGCUAAUUUUACUACAGAUGGCAAAAUAUGCAUUGAAAGGGAAAUAGAGGCAAGCAAAGCUGACUUCGGCACUGACGAUCUUAUUUCACGUUUUAAUAUACUUGAAACGAGUAAAUGGAUCACCGAAAAUAAUUUCAACAAGAUAUGCCUACAAUUUCCUGAUGAUCUGCUAGGUGUAAGCGCAAAUAUUUAUGAGGAAAUCAAGUCUAGGACAUCUGCGGAUUUGUACAUACUUGGUGAUACUUCUUACGCAAGCUGCUGUGUAGACUCAGUGGCAGCGAUGCAUGUGCAAGGAGAGGCAGUGAUACACUAUGGCCAUACAUGCUUCACUGCUACCAACAUUCCAGUGUUUACUGUAUUGCCCAAGAAACAACUCAAUAUUGAAGCCACAAAAAAACUGCUAGUAGACCAUUUCAGUACAGGAAAUGAUAAAUUAUGCUUGUUCUAUGGUGCUGAAUAUGAACAUUGUAAAGAUGAAUUAAUCUCAUUUUACUUCCAACAAUACCCUGAAUGCUAUGUAGCUUUCAUAGAGAUUGAGGAGAUGCCUAAUAGAUAUUUAGGAAGGGUGGUAAGAAACAAAAGAAACAAGACCUUCUCCUUGGAAGAUAUCAAAGACUGUACGUGUGUGUACGUUGGGUCGAGAGGACAGACGCUGUUUAACUUUACUAUAUCCAUUCCAGCUUCCAAAUGGUACUUACUAGAUCCUGAUGAGAAUAAAAUCUCAAUGUCAGAAGAGACAACCUGGUCCAAAAGAAGGAGGUACUUGGUGGAAAAGUGUAAAGAUGCCAAUGUGAUUGGCAUCCUAGUUUGCAAGUUAGCGGGGGAUCAAACUAAACACAUCAUAAGCAGGAUGAAACAGCUGUGCAAAGUGAACGGGAAGAAAAGCUACAUAAUAUCAGUUGGGAAGCCUAAUGUUGCCAAGCUGGCCAACUUCCCCGAGAUUGACAUAUAUGUAAUGAUAGCAUGCCCUGAAAACGAUCUAUACAGCAACCGAGACUUCUACAAACCCAUAGUCUACCCGUUUGAACUGGAAGUAGCACUGAACUCAAACCGAGAGCCGUAUUACAACUAUCACAUAACAGACUAUGACCAACUAUUGCCAGGAAAAAAUCACUACUGUGAAGUUAGCCACAUCAAAGAUACCACAGAUGUUAGUCUCAUAACGGGAAAUAUACGAGAAACUAAAAUACAAAGUAACGAAGUUGGUGGUAAGGAGUUAGUAGAGAAACAGAACUGGGCACUGGAAAAUAUAGGUGGUAAUCUUCAAAACAGAUCUUGGACAGGGCUCGAACAGAAGUUAGGGGAAACCGAGGUGAAGAAGGCAGAAGAGGGACGAAAAGGUAUACCUUUGCAGUAUAGUAAUGAGCCUGAAUAAUGCUUUGUAUAACAUGCUAUAUGGAGUUAUGACAUAAAUAUUAUGGCUAAAGUUGGGUUACAAAAAGUCAAGAGGAGGAAAUGGGUCAAAAAGGAAUAUUUAAGGGUUUAAAUAAAGUCGUUUUCCAUAAAACCAUACUAAAUAUCUACAAAACCAAUAGUAAAAAGAUUUUCUACGAAAAUUUGAUAAGACCAGGGUUACAUAAAUGUAAGUAAGGUCUUAUAAUGAUGGGAAGGAAAAUCUGGUUACUAUAAAAAAGCCACAAAAUAAUUUUCAAUAAUUUAUUUUUACUAUUUACAUUAGUAGCUUUAAGCUUUAUUUUUAGUAGUUGGUAAGACUUGAAGUUAAAUAAACUUCAGUAACUUAA